AUGGAGUUCUAUGAGAAUUUUAUAUCCAAAGUCCAGAGUGCUCCAACUUGGUCCGACGACUCUGAAAGGGUGAGUGGGCCGAACGAACGAAGCGAGGUUGGCAGUUCAACGACGACACGAGGCCAAGCUUAGCUCGAGCUGAGGCAGGACUACACCCGAACAGAUCCUCGUGGAGCCCUAUACCUAUCUCGCUUCCGUACCAGGGAAAGAAGUUCGAUCGGCCUUGAUGGAUGCGUUCAAUGCUUGGAUCCAAGUGCCGGCGGAGGAUCUCGCGGUCGUCAAGAAGCUCGUCGGGAUGUUGCAUACCGCCAGUCUGUUGUAAGUAGCUUGCACUGUUGUGGAGUCAGGGAAGUGCUCACGGUGCAUGUUUUUACGAAACAGGAUGGACGACGUCGAGGAUGAUUCUCAUCUGCGGAGAGGAAUGCCAGGUUCGUGCUCGUGCACCGAGAGCACGUGAUGUCAUCAGCUUAAUCAUACCUCCCAUCAUUUUUGUGCUCCUAGUCGCUCACAAGAUCUACGGAAUUCCCCAAACGAUCAAUUCGGCCAACUAUGUCUACUUUCUCGCGUACCAAGAGCUGCAGAGGAUCAAGCCGAGACCGGGCGUCUCAAAGGUCGAAGAGAUGGUUACGGGUCAGCCUGGGGAAGAAGUGCUUGAUACGCUAGGAUCGAGCGAGAGAUUGAUUCGAUAAGUUUGUUUGGAACAGAGGAGUUACUGAAUCUGCAUCGAGGACAAGGGAUGGAUCUCUUUUGGCGAGAAAAUCUGAUCUGCCCGACCGAGCCCGAAUAUAUCGACAUGGUCAACAACAGUGGGUCCAUGUGCAUAUGCAUGCUCGCGUCCUCAUCCUGCGAGUUUACUGACUAUGUGAUGAGUGCGACAGAAACUGGUGGCUUGUUUCGGAUAGCAAUCAAAUUGAUGAUGGCUGCUUCGACAGAGGAUCGGCCUCGGUGGGUCCCGCUUGAACUUUCGAGAGUACCCAAAAUGUCCCUUGGAAGACCAUCCAGUUGACACAACUUGCCGCGCAAAGUGACUAUGUUCCCCUCGCCAACUUGAUCGGCAUCAUCUUUCAAAUCCGAGACGAUUACGUGAAUCUCCAAUCAGCUCAAGUAACGUUUUUUUCAACUCGGGUCCAAAUCUUGCGCGAAAAAGACCCUGAGCUGACCUUUCCGAAAUUUUACUUCUUCAGUAUGCCCACAACAAAGGGUAUUGCGAAGACCUAUCGGAAGGUAAAUUCUCCUUCCCGAUCGUGCACGCCAUCCGAUCCGAUACAUCGAAUCGACAACUCCUCAGUAAGUCCAGCUCCAAGCCUCAUUUCACCUAUCACGCAACUCCGAUCUGAACAUCCUCCCCCCCCCCCCCCCCCUCUCCCCCUCCCCCUUUGAUUUUCCCAGACAUCCUCCGCGAACGCCCUUCCUCCCCUUCACCUAAAGCCUAUGCGGUUCACUAUAUGACGGACCGAACAAAGUCAUUCGCGUAUACUCGACAAGUACUCUCGAGCCUGAUGACGCAAGCGAGGGAGGAGGUGCAACGCUUAGGUGGAAACCAGUUCGUCGACGCGAUCUUGGAUCAACUCGUCGUGAAGGAGGAGGUCGAUCCGGCGACGCAGUUGGGGUCGAGUGCGGCCGUGAGUGGGGUGAAAGUGAGGGAUUGA